AUGCCUUUCGAGAGCAAUUUCAUUGACUUGUCAUUGCGGUUAGUGCUGUCACCACCAGAUGCGCCUGGCGGCCACAGAUUGGGUGUGAAUGGCCUUGCUGUUGAUACCACAAGCUCAACUCUAUAUUCUGCUGGGCGAGAUGGCGUAAUAUGUGCCUGGGAUUUGAAUCUCAACCUCCGGACACGUAAUGACCUACACGAUUUCACACAAAAUAAUACACCCUCCCGUUCCUCUACCACUACCUCGUUCAGAAGCCAAGUCCAAGCGCACACACAUUGGAUCAACGAUAUCAUCUUGACUCGGAAUAAUUCGACCCUCGUUUCCGCUUCUUCAGAUACCACAGUAAGGGCAUGGAGACCGGCAGCCGAUGACCAUGCGCCUGCCGUUAUUGGAAAGCAUACUGAUUACGUUAAAUGCCUUGCAACUCCGCAACCAGACGCUGACUGGGUUGCCUCUGGUAGCUUGGACCAUAAAAUAUACCUUUGGGAUAUAAAUGGCGGCGGGGAACGUUUAAAAAUCGAUGUUUCUGAAUAUGACAAGACACCUAAAGGCUCAGUGUAUGCUUUGAGCGCGAAAGGGUCUAUUUUAGCCAGUGGCGGCCCGGAUAGCAUUGUUCGAAUCUGGGAUUCUAAAACGGGGAAAUUAAUCACUAAAUUUGUCGGCCACACAGAUAACGUUAGGAGUAUCCUUCUUAACCGCGAUGCCGAUACAAUUUUGACAGCAUCAUCUGACCAAACCGUCAAAGUAUGGUCCAUGGCAGCUGGACGAUGUAUGCACACUCUUACCAUGCAUAACGAUAGUGUAUGGUCACUAUACUCGGACCACCCCCAAUUAUCUGUCUUUUAUUCAAGCGAUAGAUCUGGCCUCGUGGCGAAAACAGAUACCAGAAAUGCUCCAGAUAUUGAUCAGGGCAUUUGCGUCGCUGCCUUGCAGGAAAAUGAUGGCGUGUUCAAAGUUGUGGCCGCUGGGGGUCAUAUUUGGACAGCGACACCAAAAUCUAGUAUCCAUCGUUGGAGUGAUGUUGAUAUAACUGCGGAGAUUGAGGCGUCCGCACCGUCGCCACUCUGUCGACACACUCCAAGCGUGGCAUCCCCAACACCCUCGGAUGACAACAAAAUUGACCCGCUGUCUUCAAACCAGAAAAUCCCUGCCAGUUCUAUCCUGAUUUUGUCAAACGCUGCUACGUUCCCUAACCCUAUGCACCGUGAGGCUGAUGUUGUGAGCUUAUCCGUCUCUAGCUUACGAGCUCCCACUGAUAUUCUCUUGGAUGAGGGAAUAACUCUCGCAACCCCUCUUCAGUCAUUGCCUCAAGAGACAAUAGAAGGGCAGCAUGGCAUGAUAAAGCACAUCGCUCUGAAUGAUAGAAAAAGGGCGUUGACCCAAGAUACCGCUGGGGAUGUGGUGCUAUGGGAUUUACUUAGGUGUGUUCCUAUAAAGUUUUUCGGUAAACGCCAUCUGGAUGAUGUUGCAUCAGAAGUGAAUACUACUGAAACAAUUGCGAAUUGGUGUACUUUACAUACAAGAACCGGGAGACUGUCUGUAAUUCUGGAACAAAACAGAUGCUUCGAUGGGGAAAUAUACGUUGAUCAGGCCAAUCUCCCUGACACAGAUACCAAUGCAUAUCGAGAAGAUCAGAGAAUCAAUUUUGGGAAAUGGAUAUUGAGGUAUCUCUUUGAUGGAAUUGUCAAAGAAGAAGUCCGGCGGGAUGAGGUUUACAGACAAACCCUUAAAUUAAAAUAUGAACAGAAAGGAGAAUGUGACUAUGAUGUUUUGGAUAAUAUAGCGCUUCCAACAGUUGCGACACCCAGUUCGCCUGAGACACCAAUUCCUCCUAGCUCUCCUGGGAUGAAAGGGGCGGGAGCAACCCGCUCAGCUAUGGCUCCAGGUAUGUCAAUCGGCAUCGGUACACCAAACAUGACUUCGCCUUUCCCCGAAUUGCAUAAUUCUAGCAAUGGGCCUUUCACAAAUGACGGUGGUAAGGACCCCACGGGUUCUUCUGAUUAUUUCACCAAUGCGAUGAAACGCCCAUCAACGGAUGCAGCAGAUUCAACUGCAAAAUCCCGAUCCUCUGACGAACAGCCACCACCUGCUGCACCCAUAUCAGGCCCAUUAGAGCCAGAAAAGGAAGAGAGAUCAAAAAAAGGAACAACCCUCUUUGGCAAGAAAUUCCAAAUGACGUUCCCGAAGAAAUCUAAAACGUCUACGGAAACAAAACCAAUUGCGGAAGAGAAGACAGAAGAAUCGGAUAAAUCAUCUGAAAAGGAACGCCCAUUUGAUGACAAUUUUCGCGGAGUUAUCGACAGGAUACAUGCCGACUAUGAUGCUUAUUCGGCAGCAAAUCCUUGCAAAGAAAUAGAAACAUUGAUCACCCCUACACCAGAAAAUGAGGCACCAGUUUUGAAUAUUCCACCUCAUAUAGGUAUCCUUAUCCAAGAAGAAAAUCCAGAUUCAGCCGUUGCUGCAGACCUAUACAGGGGUACUGUUGGGACUGUCCGUCAAGAUAUUGAAAUAUUUGAGAAAGCUGCCCCUGCUUGGCUGGCUGACCUCCUACUUCGUAAUAUUGUCCCUUUUAAAGAGAUACCUAAAAUCGCAUUCUCCUUGAAACCAUAUCAGGAUUCUCUUCCAGAGGUUGUUAAACCUGAUACAGCCGCCCCAAAUAAUUCAUCUCGCCUCAAUGCAAAUCGAAUGCUCCGUGCGAAGAAAAUUCUUGCCUAUGUUGCAGAACGAAUUGAUCCGCAGAAUGCCGAAACUCCAAGUGAGGAUGCUCUAAAACCCGAGGAGUAUCUCGAACUAUACUGUCAGAAUACGCUUAUACCUAUGGAUAUGACCCUUGCCACCAUACGUACUCACCUAUGGAGAACAGGAAAUGAUAUGGUUCUUGUGUACAAGGCAAACGGAAAGCGAAAGAUUCCAGUUCCUGUAGAAGAUGGCGAGGCUAAGGAUAAGAAAGUCGGAGUUGAUCUCUCCAGCACCGAAACCACAGGGGCUGACCAGAGACCACAAGUGAAUGGAAAACACACUGACACAGAUGCAACUGGAGCGACGCUGGCUCAAUCACCACCUGAAUCGGACGUAGCGUCGUAG